AUGUUUGAGGAUCAUGCUUGGAUUCUUCCAAAACGUGCAGAACUGAACGUCAAUACCUGGCCCUUGCCAUUAACUCUGACGGAAGCAGCUCCGAGAACUCGCAUCACUAAGGCCACUGGUGGUGGAAAACGCUCUCGUGCUAACCGGCCACUACACGGUAACUUUUGGCCGGUGUUGGAGGCAGCUCCAGCACAGACUGUUUUCUGUCAAGUUGUAGAGCGUGUGGACAAACUGUUCGCCGAAAUCCAGAUAAACUUUGUUAAACCUUGUGCCUCAGAACAUCGCCAGCUGUCACACCCGAAGAGAUUGGGGGGAGAGAAACCUUACAAUUGUGGUGUUUGUGGCAAGGCAUUUGGUGGUCGCUCUGACAUGAACCGUCAUUUGCGCAUACACACUGGUGAGAAGCCAUACCCAUGUAAGGUCUGCGGCAAAAAGUUUGCUCGUGCAGACUACCUGUCAAAGCACAUUAACCACGCACCUCGGGAUUCCAUUUGCCAAGCCAGUGCAUAG